CCCGAGCAGCUUCAUCGUCGUCUCUGCUCCGUGUUCUCCAUGUCGUCGAUGUCGCCGUGUCGGAGUUUGCAUUAACGUGCAAUUAAUUAGUUGGCAGCGAGGAUCGAUUUUCACCGUGUUGCGGAAUUGCAGAUUCAAUCGUGGCUGCCUUUGUGAUUUUUUGGAAAAUCUGCAGGAACUUUGAGAGUCCUGCUUCGCUGUGAACGAGGUUCAGGUGCUGCAGUUGAAAUUCAGUCGCUCAGCUCGGAGGACUCGGAGGAGUCAGUGCUUUUGAAGUGGACUUGUAGAAUUCAGUUGAUUUCGGAUUUGUAGCUAUGUUCUUGAUUUGAGCAGCUGUGGGGGAUUUUUUUUUAAGGCUGCACCUCUGCAGGGAUGGAUCAGGGUCCCGGUUAUCCUCACGGUUAUAUGCCUCCGCCUCAGCAGUUUCCUUACCAUCCCUCUCCGUAUCCAUUUGGAGCUCCAUCGACCACACCCUUGCAACCACCUCAAGGCAUUGUUCCUCAAGGCUUUUUCAACCCAUGGGAGCCUCCUCCGCCCCCGGUUCCGCCUCCGUCAGAUUCCGACUUGCAUAAACGCAUCGACAAGUUGGUGGAGUAUGCUGCGAAAAACGGACCCCAGUUUGAGCAAUUGAUGAAGGAUAAACAGAAGGACAAUGUGCUGUAUUCGUUUCUGUUCGGAGCUGAGGGUCACAGUUACUAUCGGUACAAAUUGUGGGUGUCGAUAAACCCUCACAUUGCAGCAAUCAAUCCCGCUCUUGCUCAAGUGAACCCUAAUCUGGCACCCCUGAAUCCUUCUCUUGCUGCCAUAAACCCUUCACUCAAUGCUGUCCCGGCCCCAGUCCCAGGAACAUUCCCAGGGUCUUUCUACGACCCCCAGCAACAACAUGCUCAGCCCUUUUUUGAUCAGUUUCAACACGAUGCGUAUGGGCAGUAUAAUGCGCAGCAUGCCAAUGCUCCGUCUGGACCUCUGCCUCCAGAAAUUCUUGUGGAGCUGAAAGGAGUCCUGGAUGGACUAACGGGGACGAAGGAGUCCAUCAAAGGUGCGAAGACAUGGUUCAUGCAGAGAGCGUCUUUUGCACCUGCACUGGCAGAGGCUAUGCGAGAUCGUGUUCUUUCACUGGACGACGUCGAGAGGCAACUCCAUGUGAUCUACCUCGCCAACGAUAUUCUAUUCAACAGUCUGCAGCACCGCAGCUCUCCGACCGAGCUAGACAAUGAAGCCUUGGCCUUCAGGCCUGUCUUGGGUUCUAUGUUGGCAGCUAUAUAUCAUAAUCGGCAAACCCCUGAGGCUAACCAAGGGAGGCUUCAGAAAAUACUUCAAUUCUGGGGUGGUAAAGAGGUUUUUGACACUGACACAAUUAACAGCUUUGAAGGCGAGAUGGUGGCAGGACCUCCUCCACCUACACCAGAUUCAUUUACACCCAUGCAAACAUCAACAGGGGGAGUCGGCCCAGUACCAUCAGGUUCAGCUGCAGCUACAGCAUUUCAGUUUGGUGGACAAUGGCAAGCAGAACAGUUGCGCACUGCACAGGCUGCUACCGAUCAGCAGCCGCAAGACCAACCACAGGCCCCUUUCGGCAAUGUUCUCCCUAACCCUCCGCCGUUCUUUGGAGCAAGUGUUCAGUUUACUCCUGCCGGGGCACCUCAGUUCGUCGCAGGUUCUGCACCUCCGAGCUAUCCGAUUUUGCCAGGUCCUCCUUUUCUCGCUCCUUUACCAACUCCUCCUCCUCAGAAUGUUACACCUGCUCUUGCUCAACUGCCCACUCUCCGAAGUGCAGAUCAACCACCCUAUCCUCUCUUUCCACCUGGUUUGAUUCCUGGUAUGGUCCGCAAGAUGCAGAUAGGAAGUGGUGUUCCUUAUUCUCCGUUGAGUCCUCUAGACAUUCCCACUGUUAUUCCUCCUUCUACUACUUCCGAGUCUUACAUUCUCGAGAGAGUGACGAAGUUUUUCAAAGAAAUUGGAGAGGUAGAUCCUUUGGAAGGGCAGUUCAAGGGAAGCGAGUCAGCUGGUGGAGAGAAUGAAGGGGAAGAAGGAGGAGGAGGUAGGGAAGGCGGUGCUCGGAUUCCUCCGCCUGGACAUAUGCAGGUCGACCCUGACACUGGUACUCUUCCUGAUGGAAGUGUGGAGCAUCGACCGGGUGUUGGCAGCACAGGACGGCUGGGUUUGGGAGCUGUAGCGGAUCCUAACGAGGCCACUCAAUAUGACGAUGUGUAUACCUCAUAUAGGAAGCAACGUAGCACAAAUUAUCAUACUUCUCUUAGUGCACGAGCAGCGGCUGCCAGAUGAUUACUUUAGCUGAAGGUCAAUGUUUAAUAGGCAGUAUUGUGCAGGCUCAUUCUUUUCCCCGUGUAUAGUGAGAGGCAGAUAGAGAGACCAGACACGGAGUAGUCAAUUUUGUUGUAGAAUCCCACGCCUGAAGCGUGUGAGUUGUAGGGAAACACUCUGAAGGUAAUAGAUUGAGAUUACAAUCGGCUUGAAGAUAUCUAGAGAUAGAAUCUAAGAUAGCUAGAGUACUUAAUAUUUCUCUGUGAAUCCAACCAAUCCAAUCUCAGAUACAAGUUCACUCUUUGUACUUUUUGUCACAUAAUGCAGAAAUAUACAACUCUUACACGAGUUGUUUACU